CGAUUUUAUCACUAAACCGUUUCCUCUCCAACAAGUAAAGAGUGAUGAUGGAACUUAUAAAACAACGAUCCGAAUUCAGCCGACCAUAGAACCCGAAUUCUCUAUCCUCCGCCCGGAGUCGGCCGCGUUUGUUCGUCGCCGACAAAGUUUAGAAGUUCCCCGGGAGCUGCUGCUCCUGUUGAUUGGCGGAUCGAUCAAUGGCGGGAGUUUCCUUGAAGUGCGGGGAUUGCGGCGCCCUGUUGAAGUCCGUAGAGGAGGCUCAGGAGCACGCCGAGCUGACAUCGCACUCCAAUUUCUCCGAGUCGACGGAGGCCGUUCUUAACCUCGUCUGCUCUGCUUGUGGAAAGCCCUGCCGAUCGAAAACAGAAACUGAUUUGCACACAAAGAGGACUGGUCAUACAGAGUUUGUGGACAAAACUGAGGAGGCUACAAAGCCUAUAAAUUUAGAAGCACCAAAGGUUCCAAUGGAUGUGGAUGAGCCUACUAGCAGUGGCGGACAACCUGAAGUUUGUUGUGAAGAAAUGGUUGCUCCAGAAGUUGAUGCAAAGCUUCUUGAAGAACUGGAAGGAAUGGGUUUCCCAAAGGCACGGGCAACCAGAGCACUUCAUUUUUCAGGUAAUACCAGUCUUGAAGCUGCUGUGAAUUGGGUAGUUGAACAUGGGAAAGACCCGGAUGUAGAUGAAAUGCCCCUGGUACCAGCCAACACCAAACUUGAGGCUCCAAAGCCUGCUCUUACACCAGAAGAAGUGAAACAAAAAGCAGCUGAACUGAGGGAGCGUGCUCGUAAGAAGAAAGAGGAGGAAGAGAGGAGAAUGGAAAGAGAAAGAGAGAAGGAAAGGAUCCGAGUUGGCAAGGAGCUCCUGGAGGCCAAACGAAUUGAAGAAGAUAAUGAAAGAAAACGUAUAAUGGCCCUACGGAAGGCUGAGAAAGAAGAAGAGAGGCGAGCCAGGGAAAAGAUUCGUCAGAAGCUGGAGGAAGACAAGGCGGAAAGAAGAAGGAAGCUUGGGUUGCCCCCAGAAGAUCCUGCUACUUCAAAACCUGCAGCACCUGCGCCUGUUGAGGAAAAAAAGAGCUCAUUGCCUAUCAGGCCAGCCACAAAAGCAGAACAAAUGAGGGAAUGUCUGAGAUCUCUUAAGCAAGCUCAUAAGGAUGAUGAUGCUAAAGUGAAGAGAGCUUUCCAAACUCUAUUAACUUACAUAGGAAAUGUGGCCAAAACCCCAAGUGAGGAGAAGUUCAGAAAAAUUAGACUCAGUAACCAAACUUUCCAGGAUAGAGUUGGUGCCCUGGAAGGGGGGAUCCGAUUCUUGGAGCUGUGCGGGUUUGAGAAAAUCGAAGCGGGUGAGUUCCUUUUCCUGGCCCGGGAGAAGGUAGAGAUGUCCGUGCUGAACUCAGCGGGGUCAGAGUUGAACUCCGCCAUAAACAACCCCUUCUUUGGAGUUCUUUAGAAUGUAAUCUGUUUGCUUGAACAAGAAAUCAGCUCAAGAUUGUUGCUCCUUGUCCCAUAUGCUUAUUUCUGUUGGAUGAAAAUGUUAACAGCAGCCAUCCUUUUGAGCUUUUGAGUUGCACCAAAUUUGCUCCAUUGCUGGAUCAUUUUGGAACAUAAAACAUAGUUCCUCCAAAACUCAAUGGUUGUGAAUCGUUUGCAUUUGAUUCAAUAUCUAACAAAAUAGAAAAUUAUAACCUGGGGUGUAUGAUUAGAGCAUUUUUUGUGUCUGAUUAGAGGAAUUGUUGAGUAAUUUUUUUUAUGUUUAUGGGCAUGGUGUAACUUGUGUUGAACAGGAGGUUACUAAACUUUUUUUGGGAGUGAAGAGAUUACUGAACUGUAUAUAGUUUAUAGUAGCCAGAAA